AUGGCUACUUCGUCAGGCGGAAUGGGUGGCAUGGAUGACAUGGCCGAUAUGAUGGGUGGAUGCAAGAUUAGCAUGCUGUGGAACUGGAAUGUAAUCGACACAUGUUUCAUCGCAGAGUCCUGGCACGUACGCACGAAAGCCAUGUUCGCCGGCUCCUGCAUCGGAGUCAUCCUCCUCGUUAUCCUCCUCGAGUUUCUGCGGCGCGCAGCUAAAGAAUACGAUCGCUAUAUCGUCCAGCAGCACUCCAAGACACUCGCAUCCUCGGGGGUCGGCUCGUUUUCCUCCUCCUCAUCGAACGCCAACGACAGCACGACUAAGCAUCCUGCUGCUACAACAUCGCCAGCUGCUUGCGGCGCCAUAGCUGUGACGACGACCAAGUUCCGACCGAGCAUUCUACAACAGGCGGUACGGGCGGCAUUGCACAUGGGCGCAUUUGCUGUGGCUUAUUUCGUUAUGCUGCUGGCGAUGUAUUACAACGGGUACUUUAUCAUCUGCAUCUUCAUCGGUGCGUAUCUGGGAUACUUCAUCUUUGGGUGGGAGAGCUUCAAUGUGAGCAGCGGGGGCGAUGAUCGUAUGCAGGAAAAUGCCACGGUUUGCUGUGGAUAG